AUGGUGGGUAACGGUCCGGGGAGGAAGCUCGCCAGGAGCUUGAUAGCGCUGAGCCGGAGGCUCCCCAAGCACGGGAUCGACUUCGACUUCCGCAAGGACACAUGGCCCGCGGGGGCCUACGUCAGGUUGCGGGAGGUCGUUCCGAAGGGCGAGAACGCUGGGAAGGCCUACGGCAGCUUCUUUUGGCCGCGCGAGGGCCCGCCGGCGGACCCGGACGCCGUCACGGACAGCCACGAGAUCAGCGGCGCGGGGUCGCCCGGGUGGCAGGUGGUGGACCCGCAGGGUCGGCUGUGGAAGGAGCUGGACUGGCCUAGAAUCAUGCGGGAAAGCAGGGCGGCGCGGCAGGGGGGCGGGGGCGGCGGGGACGCGGGGGACGGGCAGCAGGAGUGA